AUGAGAAGUUUCGUUAUUUUUGCGAUACGAGGCAGGCUUAGAUCUGCUCUAAAUAAACGGUCAAAUAUGUAUAGAUCUGCGAAAGUAAAUCAUCCAAACUUAUCAACAGAGACUGUGACAGAAGUUUUGAAUCCUUCACAGGAAGAAGAGGAAGAGGAAGAAGCAGAAAAUGAGAAGAGAGACGACUUCUGGUUGGACGAGCUGGUAUGGGCGGACCCGGACGGCUUGUUUAGUCCAACCAGCGGGAUCACACCCAUGGACCUGGCCACGCCUCUCCGCGCGGGGGGCGGGGCUUCGGCCGGGAAGGCGGAGCCUGUCAGUGCCUGUGACAGGGCGCGCAGGCUGAAGCCCAGGCCUCCGCGCCCAGACGAGCUGCCCUGGAACAUCCUGGUGGUCUGCAGUGACCCGCCCUCUGUGGAUAUUGAUGACGUGGAGGAGUUUUUGGUCCACGACCCGCUCUUUGUAGAGUUCUUCAACGCCUUCCUGUCUUUGCCGUCGUUCCCGGAGCCAAUCUGCUUCAAUGUGGACACGGGCGGCUUCGAGGUGGUCUCUGACGGCAAACAGAAGCUGGCCCGCCAGAUCAAGGAGGCGGUGCGCUCCCAGCAGCUCACCGCACGCAUGUACCGCGUGGCGCGCCGGCACGCAUUCUCCGACAUACCCCUCAUACCCAUAGAGGAGAGGCAGGGGCCGGAGGAGGUCAAGAUAGACACCUCCUACCAGGUCACGGCCUGGCCGGACCAGACGAGAUCGAGCCGCCGAUACAAGACGAGACGCUUCUCUCCGAGCGGAUGUUCGAACCCCCGGUACACCGGCCCAAGACGCCGCGGCCCGCCGACAAGCUCCGGCGGCGGGUGUCCCAGAGGCGGGGGUCCAGCGAGGAGAUGGUCAAUCCGGGCGCUGUGGUCAAGGUCUGGCCCAAGCAGGACAUGCAGUGUCAUCGCCUCGUAUUUGUCAUUAUCAGUGUCAUUGUCACUGUCAUCAUCACUCUCAUUGUCACUGUCAUCGUCACUGUCAUUGCCAUCGUAUUUGUCUUUAUCAGUGUCAUCGUCACUGUCAUCGUAUUUGUCUUUAUCAGUGUCAUUGUCACUGUCAUCACCUCGUAUUUGUCAUUUGUCAUUGUCAGUGUCAUUGUGACUGUCGCUGCCAUCGUAUUUGUCUUUAUCAGUGUCAUUGUCAUUGUCAUCGCCUCGUUUUUGUCAGUGUCAUUGUCAGUGUCAUUGUCACUGUCGCUGCCAUCGUAUUUGUCAUUGAUUUUUCAUCUUCCCUGUCAUCGUCACUGUCAUAUCUCACAGAGCGGCGACGAUGAGUCCGGGAUCGGAGAGAUGGACGAGAAAGACCAGGAGGAGUUCGAGAAGAGAAUGAACGCUCAGCCAAUCAUCGACCAGAUCUACAACGACGGCUCGUGGGAGGCGGGGCUGGAAGGUGACGGCCACAUCCCUCUCCGGUCGGUGGACGAGCUGGGCUCUGUGAUCGUGGGCGCUGUGAUGAAGAAAACGCUGGCCGAUAUGUUGAAGGUGGAGGAGGGAGUGGUGGUGAGUGGACUGUACCCAUCCCAAGAUCUGACCUGUCUCUCCGUGGACAAACUGGACAUGUGUGUGGUGCUAGAUGACCAGGGGUCAGAGGGCGAGGAGGCAGAGGUCAAGGACAAGGGUCAGAGGUCACCGGCUGAGGUCACACAAGGUCUGCUUGGAACUGUGAGGAUUUAG